UGCGUCGAGCGGCUGAGGGAAGUGUUGUUCGCGCGUCUUGUUAAGAGGACCAAACAGCAGCAGCAGCAGCAGCGCGCGCUUCAUCCUCCAGAACCUGCAGGCAUCCCGGGGAGCACUGCGCCGUGAAUGCCUCCCACACCAAGAGGAGGAUACUGCUUUAAUACUAUUUUGACUGAUUGAGACAUACAUAUUUUUCAUUUCCCUAAUGGUAACCAUCACUGGGCAGCCGGAGACAUGUGGAAUAAUCUGGGGAAACUGCACCGCUUCUCACUAGUGUGUCUUCUCCUGACGCUGUGCGCUGAGGUGUCUCACUCCACGGGUUACUUCGAGCUGCAGUUGAUUUCGGUGGAAAACCCCAAAGGUCAGCUCCUGAACGGGGACUGCUGCGACGGGGACUGCUGCGACCCGGAGCAGAGAGCGGCGGACGGCCACUGCGAGGUGGACGAGUGCGACACGUACUUCAAAGUGUGUUUAAAGGAAUACCAAACGGAGGUCGCGGCCAAAGGAACGUGCACGUACGGCUCGGAAACUACUAAGGUUAUCGGUGGGAAUACUUUUCAGUUCAAGGGGGGCCAGAAAACCGGACAGAACCGGAACCAUGACACCGGGAAGAUCCUAAUUCCAUUCCAGUUCGCGUGGCCGCGAGCGUACACUGUGAUAUUGGAGGCGUGGGACAGGGACAAUGGCACACACAUCAACGAUGAUGAGCUUCUGAUUGAGCGCAGCAUCCACAAAGGGAUGAUAAACCCCGGCGAAGAGAAGCAGACGGUAGAGUAUAAGAGCUCCGUCACCAGCCUCGUGUACACCAUCCGGGUCCGCUGCGAUGAAAACUACUACGGCAGCAAGUGCAACAAAGUCUGCCGUCCCCGUGACGACUACUUCGGGCAUUACGUGUGCGACCAGCUGGGGAACAGAGGCUGCAUGGAGGGCUGGACAGGGCCUGACUGCAAGACAGCCAUCUGCAAACUGGGAUGCAGCCUCGAACACGGGACAUGCAGCGUGCCGGGGGAAUGCAAGUGUAACUACGGCUGGCAGGGUCCGCUGUGUGACGAGUGCCUGCCGUACCCCGGCUGUGUGCACGGGACCUGCAACGAGCCCUGGCAGUGCACCUGCGAGAAGAACUGGGGGGGUCUGCUCUGCGACAAAGAUCUGAACUACUGUGGGACCAACCGGCCCUGUAAGAACGGAGGGACGUGUAUGAACACAGAGCCCGAUGAGUAUAACUGCGCCUGUCCCGACGGCUACUCUGGCAAAAACUGCGAGAUUGCGGAGCAUGCCUGUGUUUCCAACCCCUGUGCUAACGGAGGGACGUGCCAUGAAGUUCCAUCAGGCUUUGAGUGUCACUGUCCAGCAGGAUGGUCCGGGCCCACCUGUGCUAAAGACACAGACGAAUGUGCCUCCAGCCCCUGUGCUCAGGGCGGGACCUGCGUGGACAUGGAGAACGGCUUCGAAUGCCUCUGUCCUCAACAGUGGACGGGCAAGACCUGCCAGAUAGACGUUAAUGAGUGUGCGGGGAAGCCUUGCCACAAUGCUUACUCUUGCAAAAACUUGAUUGGUGGAUAUCACUGUACCUGCUUUCCUGGAUGGGUUGGCCAGAACUGUGAAAUCAAUGUGAACAGCUGCCAUGGUCAGUGUCAGAAUGGAGGGGCCUGCAAGAAGGUGCCCCGAGGCUACCAGUGUGUUUGCCAGACGGGGUUUGAGGGUCGGCACUGUGAGGUUCAGAGGACCCGCUGUGCCAGCAGUCCCUGUAGGAACAGAGGGCGCUGCCAGGCCCUGAUCGACGGCUUCAUAUGUGAAUGCCCGCAGGGCUUCGCUGGUGCAACCUGUGAGGUGCAGAAUGACCGCUGCAGCCCGAACCCCUGUCACAAUAAGGCUCAGUGCCACAGUCUGGUGGGAGAUUUCUACUGCAGCUGCCCCGACGAUUACGAGGGCAAAACCUGCUCGGAGCGUAAGGACCACUGCAAGACCAACCGCUGUCAAGUGAUUGACAGUUGCACAGUUGCUGUGGCAACAAAUGACACCCAAAAGCGGGUGUGGCACAUCUCGUCCAAUGUGUGCGGUCCCCACGGACGCUGCAUCAGCCUGCCUGCCGGGAACUUCAGCUGCUCCUGUGAGCCGGGCUUCACGGGCACCUACUGCCAUGAGAACAUUAACGACUGUGCGUCCUCCCCCUGUAAGAACAGAGGCACUUGCAUCGAUGGGAUCAACUCCUUCCAGUGUGUUUGCCCAAACGGCUGGGAGGGUAAUCUAUGUGAUGUUGAUGUGAAUGAGUGCAACAGGAACCCCUGUCAGAACGGAGGCCAAUGUGUGGAUCUGCUCAACGACUUCUACUGCAACUGUGUGGACAACUGGAAGGGAAAGACCUGCCACUCCCGUGAGAGCCAGUGCGACUCCAGCACCUGCAGUAAUGGAGGGACGUGUUAUGACCACGGAGACUCUUUUCUGUGUAGCUGUCCCUCAGGCUGGGGUGGCAGCACCUGCAAUACAGCCAAGAACAGCACAUGUGACUCCCGUCCAUGUGAGAACGGAGGGACAUGUGUCGGAGGAGGAGGAGACGCCUUCACCUGCAUCUGCAAGGACGGCUGGGAGGGAGCCACCUGUGCACAGAAUGUCGACGACUGCAAUCCGCAUCCAUGCUACAACGGCGGCCUCUGCGUGGACGGUGUGAACUGGUUUCGCUGCGAGUGCGCCCCGGGAUUCGCCGGACCGGACUGCCGCAUCAACAUCGAUGAGUGUCAGUCGUCUCCUUGUGCCGAAGGUUCAACCUGCAUGGAUGAAAUCAACGGAUACCGCUGUGUCUGUCCUCCAGGAUACGCCGGACCUCGCUGUCAGAAGUUCAUCGGACUCGGGAAGUCGUGUCGUCACGCCGGUCUGCAGUUUCCUCACGGCAGCCGCUGGGAUGAGGAGUGUAACGCCUGCCAGUGUGUCAACGGAAACGUGCACUGCUCCAAGGUGCGAUGUGGCCGUCGGCCCUGCCUCCUCCCGAAGGCUCCUCCUCCUCCUCCUCCUUCUCCUGCGGACUCAACCCCCCCGCCCUGCCCCGGCGGUCACGAGUGUGUGGAGCAUCAGUUCCUCACCUGCUUCUCGCCGCCCUGCCACCAGUGGGGUGUGUGUUCUACGCCCGACCCCCCGACACCCCUACACACAAAGUGCGAGCCCAACAGCGGUUACCAACAACAGCUCGACAACAGCUGCGCUCGCAUCACCCUCAUCUUCAAGAAGGACAAAGUGCCGCAGGGCACCACUGUAGAGAACAUCUGCUCGGAGCUGAGGUACCUCCCGGUCACUCAGACGCUGGCGGAGGAGCGGGCGCUGCUCAUCCUCUGUGACCUGUCCUACUCCAACAGCGACGCCGUGGAGGUCGCAAUGUCCUUUGAGCAGGACGGCCGGUCCAGUGACGCUGAUCGUGGACAGAUCCAGAAGGCAGCCAGCUCCAUCAUCAGCGCCCUCUCCAAACGCCACAACAGCACCGUCAUGAUGGCAGUGGUGGAGGUCAAGGUGGAGAUGCCGGUGGAGCCUCCGCCUGUUGGUUACCUGGUCCCGGUGCUGUGCGUGGUCUUCAGCCUCCUCUGGAUCUUCUGCAUUGUUGUUUGCGUUUGGUGGACGCGCAAGAGGAAGAAAGAGCGCGAGAGAGCGUCCCGAUCCGAGGACACGACGGUCAACAACCGACUGGAGCCGCCGCGGAGCAGCGCCCCCAAGGACAACCGCGACAAAGACAUUCAGUACGAAUGCAAGAAACUGAUGGGCCCGUGCGACGGGGCCGAGGGCGAGGAGGAAGGGGAGCAGGAGGGGGAGCAGGAGGGGGAGCAGGAGGAAGACGAGGAGCUGGGCAUGGGGGAGAACUGUCCGGCUCUAAAAUGCCCCACAGCGGGGGCGCAGGACAAGGGGCUGAUGGGUAAGGGAGGGGUCGUCUGCACGUCUCGCAGCGCUCCGGUCAAGGCGCCGCACCGGACAGUGUACAGCCCCAAAGACAACCGCUGUAAAAACCUGAACGCAGCACAGCUCAGCGAGGACAUUAAAGACCACUAUGUAUGAACACCAGGAAAAACUGCAAUGUCUUCAGAGACUUUUAGACUCUCAAAAGCACCAAAAGUGAAGAUUACAGAUGCUUUCAUUUUCUAUUUUUGUUUGUCACACCUUAUUUAACUCCUUUGUCUGCCGCACGGAUGCUUAUUUUACCAAAAAAACAAACCAAAAAAAUACAGAAAAACCAACAAAAAAAGACUCGGAAAAUAAACAUCACAGCUUCUUCUGGAUUUUGUCACCACUCUGUUGGAAUCAAGGAUAAUUUUCUUUUCACAUUGUUUAAAAACUGUUUUCCACUCAUCAGAAGUGACGCUUCCCUUUUUCUUUCAUUUAAACCUCGGAGAUUUAACAGAUCAUCGGCUGGCAGCUGUUAACAUUAUUUUAAUGUUUGGUGCUUUCGGCUCCUGUCUGCCUUAGCCCACACCUGCGGGCCUUUUCUACACUGUCUUCAUAUCAUGUCUUUUUAUAAAACAAAACUAAGAAAAAAAAGAUUUUAUAUACUUUUAAGUCCUUGAAAGUUGGCACAGAGAAUCCACUGUAUCAUACCUGGCAUGAGCAUUUCUUUGUUUACAUUCAUAAACAUCUUUUCCAUUUCGUGUUAAGACUUCUUACGUAUAUCCUUUUUAAUAAUUAUGUCAUUGCCUUCUGCCGGUCUCCAUGAUUUUUCAGUAUUUGCUUUGGUAGAAAAGUGCCUUCAGCCCUAUUUCUUUUCUUCUUUUCUCCCCUCCUAUAGAUGUUAUGCAGAAUUUAAAUACAUAUAAAGGGAAAGAUGUCCUAGUUACAACUCUCUAACGCAGUAAAAGUUAUUUUCUUUGCGAUGUACAUAUGUAAAUAUGAAGAAAUGGCUGUGUAUAUUUGAAUUCAGUAACUUAAGUGAUGCUUUGUAUCAUAGUUAUUCUAACUUUUUUUUUUCCGUGGUUGUUUUUUUAAUGAUGUCAUUCCGUUUCUGAGUGUCUGUUGACUCUACGAAAGGUUUUAUACAGAUUUUCGGACCGUGUCCAGGGUCCCGUUGAAUCAAGAGCAUCAGUCUGAAAAGAAAACAGAUCAUGAUUGUUUGUCUGUCUGUGUUAUGGUUAUUUGUUACAGCUGUUGAGAACACAAAUACAGAGUUUGUUAAGCGUGUCACUAUCAAUGUGAGAGGUUGUCAGGAUCUGAGUGGGGUUCACUAAAGAGCUGAUAAAGCUCGGUGUCAGUCAACUUUUGGAAACUCCUUUCAAUUCAUUAGAAACUUGUUUUAACCCCUUAAAUCAGAAUUCCCCUUAAACUGCAGGAUUCACUUUUCUAUAACAGCUAUUUAUGUUUUAGGUUUCUGAAAGUCCUUACAACUACAAAUGUCUUAUGGGCCACCCUUCAUGCAAUAAUCCACCUCUUUAAACCAUUUCAUUCUUAUUAAACCGUCAGAAAGUAAUAUAAAUGUCACUAAUUUCAACGUUUUUUCAAACGUUCAAAAAAUGAUGCUUUAGCUGCUAACACUGAGAUUUCUUUGGAAAACACUGUUGGUCUUUUCCACAUUUCAAGCUAUGUUCACAUCCUAUGACUGUGUGUAAAUAAUUAUUAACACACUGUUAGCAUCCGGUUCAAUAUAUAUAUAAAGCAACAGCCAGACCCAGCUGCAGCCAACAGGCCAAAUUUCACGUUCCCUUUUAACUAUUUUUAUUUUAAAAUGAAGAAUGCUAACGGCCUUUCCAAAAGGGUAGAAUAUCAAUCAUUUCUUUGGCUUUGAAAUUAUGCUUAAUUGCAGAAAUUGAACUGGUUUGUUUCUGCACUUUUUUGUCCAAAUCUACGAUGUAAAGAGACUAGCUUUGUCCAAAAUGACUCCCUCCUUUAAUUAUUUGACACCAACUGUUCCAUAGUGAUAUAUUGAACACAUUUCAGAGACACAUUUAACACCCAUUUAAAGCUUAGAGCUCUGCUUCAAGUCGCCUAUUUCAUUUCAUGUUUCCAUUUUAGGACACCAAAUGGCACAAGAACACUAAAGUAGCCCUGUGCAAGAGAUUCAGGUCUUAAACCGGCUCUGAUGCAUUUUUCAAUCCACUCUUACGGGUCACAGGGUCCAAACAACGUAAAAGCACUGCUGUCAGUCUCUCUCUUCUUAAGCCUGCUCGUACUUCAGUUAUAAAUUCACUAUUUUACAGUCUGUUGACAGUGGAGAUGCCAUGCAGGGCAGCGGGGUGUUUAGUGAGUAUGAAAACCCUUGUUGUGCCGCGCCCCCCCCACCCCUACUUAAGUGCCCUAUUGCACGACACUGAACCCCCCAUCACUGACAAAUCAGAAGGUGUGAGGUUUUGAAUGGACUCGCAGUGGAUGAGUGUGAAUCCUUAAUGUUACUCCCUGUUAAGCCCCGCCUCUCCUUCUGUUUGUAUUAUGGUCUAAUGAAGGGAACAAGUUGUGUUGUUGUUGAUGUUGUUGACUGUUGUGCUUGUCGUCCAAUGUUUGUAAAGAGUCUGUUUCUGCACUAAGAACACACAGGAGAAGAGAAACUUAAAAAUUAAAAUAAGUCAAAUGUUGUCACUACAUUAUGUUUUAUGAUUUUGUUACAAAUCUGAUGCAAAUCACGUAAAACCCAAAUUCAUAUUCUGUUGGUAAAUCUUCUGAAUGGGCAGAACAUUGUAAUUAUUUUGUACAAAAUUUGGUAAAAGUCUUGGUUUGUUAGUGGAAUUUUUUUUUGUUUGUUCUUAGAACAACCCUAUUAUUUAUUAAAGUAUUUUAUACCAAGUUCA